CCUAUUGAUUUACUGCAAGUAUUCCUGACGCUUUCUUGUUGCUUGAUACGCGUGGCUUGAUCUUGUUUGUACACAACUUUGCAUCUGAACGACACAGGAGCUGAGCCGCUACGGGUUUAUCCACCUAAUAGAAAGUCAAUCUAGAUUGGCUUGGCUAGUGCAACGCACGGCGAUUCUCUUGUUAAUUGUGCGCAUAGUUAGUAGGUGUGUUGAGGUUAUGCUGCUAUGUUUUUACAAAAAAAAAAAAAAUAAUGACUGGACUAUGGUUAUUUUUUACCAUCCCCUGGUAAAGAGCGGUAAUGCAACUGAUGUGAAACGGGUUUCAAAUUGGCAUCGGUGUGGCUACAAUUCUAAAAAGUUAACCAAGUGGGGAGUGUCCUACCCUUUACUCGGAAAAUAAAAGCUCCUGCCAAGAGUACAGACACCAAAGCAAGCCUGAAGAUACGCGACUGUGUGCAGUCCUCGACAUGGCGAUCUCUCGGACCAAAGCUUGCUGCGGUGUGUUUUUGACUCUAUUGUUUGUGACCGUGAUCGUCGCUUUGAUCGCCACUUUGGUUGUGAAGUCCAGGCGCUCACCCGAAGGCUGGGGCUGCUUCAGGCAUGCUGCCGUGGCUGCCGACUCCGAGCUCUGUUCAGAAAUCGGCAGUGACAUGCUGUAUAUUGGAGGUUCGGCAGUAGAUGGCGCAAUUGCAGCACUCCUGUGCACCUCGUUGAUGAAUCCACAGAGCAUGGGCAUUGGUGGAGGAGUCAUUUUCACCGUUUACAACGCAGAUGGUACAGUUAAAAUAAUAAAUGCACGAGAAACUGUCCCGAGAAACGUCAAACCCGACCUGUUGGUAGAAUGUCCAGAGACCUUUCAGUUGAUGCCAGGCUCCCAGUGGAUGGGUGUGCCAGGAGAGAUCCGAGGCUACGCAGAGGCACACAGACUGUACGGGAAGUUACCCUGGAGAAUUCUGUUUCAACCUGCCAUCCGACUGGCGAGACAGGGCUUCCCCAUCCCUAUACCACUGGGCUUGUUCCUCAAACAUCUUUCAAGUAGUAUUGCAAAUUCAUCGCUAUGUGCGGUGUUCUGUGAUCACAAAGGGGAAGUCUUAAAGGCAGGUCAGAUGGUUCGGUACCCCAAGCUGGCAGACACGCUGGAACUCAUUGCUGAGCAAGGGCCCGAUGCGUUCUACAAGGGGUCGCUAGUAGAGGCAAUGGUCCAAGACACAAAGAGCCAAGGCGGAAUUCUGACCCCUGAAGACUUUGAAAACUUCAAAGCCAAAAUUCAAGAUCCCCUGCAAGUUGAGAUGGGUGGUUAUUUAAUGUACGUGCCACCCCUGCCAGCAGGGGGGGCCGUUCUCAGCUUCAUACUCAAAGUCAUGGAAGGGUUUGGAUUGACUCCCAACUCCCUGAAGGGAGAGAAUAGAACCCUUACCUACCACCGCAUCAUCGAGGCGCUCAAAUUUGGAAAUGGCCAGAAGAGAAAAACCAACUGGAGUGCCAAAGAGGUCCACAACUUGGUAUCUGAAGGUUUUGCCAAUAAUGUUAGAAAGCUGAUCGAUGACCACCGCACCCACCCUCUCCAGUACUACACUCUCUUCCCUGGCAGGGACUCUGUGGGCACCACACACGUGUCUGUCCUCGCGGAGGAUGGGAGUGCCGUCUCUGUCACCAGCACCAUCAACCAGAUCUUUGGCUCAAUGGUGUAUUCUCCAAAGACGGGUGUGAUUUUCAAUAACGAGCUUGCUGACUUCUGCGGGAAAAAUAUAAGCAUUUUGCCAGGAGAACAGCCUCCUUCAUCAGUAGCUCCCCUAGUGUUUGUCAACAAGAGCAGAAACUCCAUGCUGGUGAUCGGUGGGUCUGGUGGGAGUAUGAUAACCAGCAGCAUUGCUCAGGUUAUCAUGAAUUAUCUGUGGCUGGGCUAUGAUUUGAAAGACGCAGUAGCUGCUCCAGUGUUGCAUGUGACCUCGAGUAAUGAAGUGCAGUUUGAGAGGAGCUUCAACACGAGUGUGAAAGAGGAGCUGAGAGCGAUGGGCCACAUGGUGACAGAAAGCGCUCACUUUUUCAAUGUGGUGAAUGCUGUAUCAAAGCAAGGAGGCUGCAUCGCUGCAGUGUCAGACGCCAGAAAGAUGGGCGUUGCAGCUGGAUAUUAACAGGGUGAUAUCAGGCUGGCCACACUGAAUGCAUCUCGGGUUUGCAGGUGUUGGGGGUCUAGGUGGCACAUUGGCUUGGUGAUUAGCCUUCUUACCCUGGAGCGAGCGCUCAUUAGACAGUCAACAUCACAAAUCACCCAAUCUGGCAUAAUUAGCACCUGGCAAAGAAAUAGCACAGCUCCUGCUGUCCUUACAGCCCUGACUCAUUCAUGAGCACCAACAAUGUGAAUUCAACACGUUCUAUUAUAGGAUCCAUUUGGAUCAGACCCAAAAUGUGAAAUCUGUACAUACUGUACAGUACAUUGGCCCAUAUACCAGUACAGGCUGGCUGUUAUCAAGACCCAGUGUAUCCUAAAGUUUAAAUGCGGAGACACUUUAAUUUGACUUAUAUUCUGGGGAAUAUCUGGUAACAGACCUACAAAGUCCCAUGUACACACUGUACUGUGCUGUGGAUGUGUAAUGUAUCCUGUUGUGUUGCUGUAUCUGUGUCGCCUGUAUGGUUUCUUGCAAUGCAGCUUGUUAAAGGUGUCUGUACAGAUGAUUCUGUGAGCAUCCUGUUCUGUAUCUACAAUAGUACGGUAUUGACUGAAAUAUACUGUGCCACUCAAUAUUGA